CAUCCAGUGGCAAAGGUUAAGGAUUAGGGGUGGGACUUCCAGUCCCAAGAUGGCAACCAAGAGGUGGGGCAACUGUCAAGGGGCGGGUCUACCCUGCGGCCCUCAAAAGCUCAUCAAACCUUGCUAAGGGGCCCUCCACCCAAAAUAGUUGCCCGUCCCUGUUUUAAGAUCUGCCCAGUUUGGUUGAAUUUGUGCUAUUAACUUACUGUUUGCAACUACCAGCAUGUAUUGUAGUUGGAAUAGUCAUUUUGAUUUACCCCAUCCUUUUUUCCCUUUUUUUUAAAGAUGGGCACCAUGUUAGCCUGUCUCCAGUCCUUUGGGACUCCACCUGUUACCUGUGACAUAAAUAUUGUUCCAAGUGGCUCUGAGAUUUCUUUGGCCAGUUGCUUCAGCACCCUGGGAUGAAUUUUGUCAGAUUCUGAUGACUUGAAUUCUUUAAUAUUUGUCAAAGCUCACUGCUGCCUUCUUUAUUUAAGAUGUGGCCUGGCCCUUCUUCCUUCUUCUCUGUAUGAUAUUUGCUUGAUUAAAAGACAAGAUUUCUUUUCACCAUUUAACACCUGGGGGGGAAGCCCCUCGUUUUAUAAUCAAGUACGAGAUGGCGGGUACAGGCAGCUGCUGCAGCUCAAACUCUGGCCCAGGGCCAGAGCUGCAGCUUCUGCUUUCCCCCCUGCUGCAUCUGCACCCUCUGCCACUCCCUCUCCCCACAGCCUCAAGUCCCUGUUGCCCCCAGUCCUCUCCCACCCAUGCUGCUUUUCCCCCUCUCUCCCCCUUUGCCACACUCCUCCUUACCUUUGUUUUGUGCUGACAGGCUCCGUCCUUGCUGCAGCUUGGAACAUGGAGCACGUGCUUCACCUCAUCCCUGUAGCAGCAGUGCCAGCUCCACAGCACUGCUGGGGUCAUGCUCAGUGCCUCAGGCAGAAGCAGGGACAGAACCUGCUGACUGUGGAGCAGCGAAUUCGAGAUGAACAGCGAAUGAUGGAUGAGAAAAUAGUCUUGGAACUAGACCAGAAAGUAGUUGACCAGCAGAGCACCCUGGAGAAAGCUGGAGUGUCUGGAUUUUAUAUCACCACAAACCCUCAGGAGCUGACUUUACAAAUGAACUUACUAGAACUAAUUCGGAAGUUGCAGCAAAAGGAAACACAGCCAGAGAAAGCAUUCUCCUGAAUGGACCCAGCUGCAGUUUUCCAGAAUGUCUGACUUCUUGCUAAUGCAUAGAGUACUAAAUGCAUUUGCUAUAAAAAAGCAAGAUAAAGAAGCCACUUUCCACCAAGUCUGGAAAAGAUGGUCCCUUUUUACUGGGAGUUGGAGGACUCCAAAGUACCGAGGGACAGUUGGAGUAAGGUGUUUGUAAUGAUUUCUACUGUUUACUACGCAUCUCAAUUACAGCUGUUGAAAAAAAUUUCACUUACCUCCAUUCUCAGUUUUAAUAAGUGAUUAAGGUCUUGUGGUCCUUGAAUAACAUAUGUUUUCUAAUGUCUCUUCUGAAGUCAUUACCUCUUGAAUGUUGUAUAAAAUGUAGCAAAAGGUCUGAAGGAAGUAACUCUGGGUACUUGGAACAUGUCAGUAACAUCUCCUUUUGGAAAACCGGAUAAUAGAUGCAAUGUUUAAGUGACAUUUUGGAAACCAUCUGUGGGUCAUCUUGGAUUCCAAAUAAUAUCUCCUACUCAGUCUCAAAGUACAGAUCUCUUUCCUUGUGUUCUCAGAGGGCAUGGGUUUCUGAUAAAGGACCAUAAAUAACAAGAAAGGAUUGAAUAGCUGCUGAUAUCAAAAACAGGUACAGUAAACACUCUGGUAACCGGCACCUUACAAGCUGGUAUGCUCUGUUAAUAGAGCAUACCAGCUUGUAAGGAAAGUGAAACCGGAAGUGCCCACCGUGGCACUUCCGGUUUCUCCGGGCCCCCAUGGUCCAGGGCAAAGCAGCCUGCACUGAUGAGCCCCCACGGGCCAGGGACAUAACAGGCUGUGUGGGGUUGUGCGGGGCCCACCUCCCUGUCCCACGGGGCCCACAGGGCCUGCGGGAGGGGUGGUGAUGCCACAGGAGGGGCAGAGGGACACCCCAGAUGCGGCAAGAGAAGCUGCAGCCGGGGCCGCUCAAUUAACCAGCAUAUUUUGUUAUCUGGCAUCCCCCAUUCCCAGGGGAUGCCGGAUAACAGAGCUUUUACUGUAAUUGGAUGGCUUUACUUUGCUGUGGAGGCUGAGCAUGGCCUUUCUAGUCUCAUCUUGGUACACAAUUAGAAAGCUAUGAAUCAAGACUUUUGUAUGUGUUAAGACAGAAAUAACCUUUUUAAAGCAAGCUGGAGCACACUUUCCCUUUCCAAAGCAGCCUCUUUAUUUUGAGUGUUGUUUCUUAAAGAAAAAGGCAGGCCUGCAUAGUGCUAUUGACAUUAGAGGUGCAGUUUCAUGAGGGAACCUUUGGACACCUAUACACAUGCUCCGGGGACUGGGAAGAGGGUGUUUUAAUCAGAGUGGCUUACAUAUUCAGCAUCCUAUGUUUCAAAAUGGUGACAGGGGCCACAUAUUGGGAACACCAUCUUGGCACUGCACAUGAAUAUUGUGGUUGGUUUACUUCACUCUAUGCUACUUCAGUGCCAGGUUCAGAUUGCAUAACAAAUAAAAGUU